UAUCAAAAUAAUUACCAAUUUUUCUAACCUAAAAGUUAGUUCACUGAAUGAUUCGAAAUAAUUAAGUAAAUUAUUCGUAAAUAUGUUUAAAAACACAUUCCAAAGUGGAUUUUUGUCAAUACUCUACAGUAUAGGAAGUAAACCAUUACAAAUUUGGGACAAGAAAUACAAAAAUGGUCACAUAAAAAGGAUCACAGACGAAGAUAUCCAGUCGCUGGUCCUGGAACUCAUCGGAUGUAAUGUGAGUACGACUUAUAUCACUUGUCCGGCCGAUCCAAAGAAGACUCUGGGUAUCAAGCUGCCUUACCUUGUGAUGAUCGUUAAGAAUUUAAAGAAGUAUUUUACGUUUGAAGUACAGAUUUUAGACGAUAAAAAUGUUCGUAGAAGAUUCCGAGCAAGUAAUUAUCAGUCGACGACUCGAGUGAAACCCUUCAUUUGUACCAUGCCGAUGAGGCUAGACGAGGGCUGGAACCAAAUCCAAUUCAACGUUGCAGACUUCACGAGACGGGCAUAUGGUACUAAUUAUGUGGAAACGCUUAGGGUGCAAGUGCACGCUAAUUGUAGGAUACGUAGAGUUUACUUCUCCGAUAGGCUGUAUUCAGAGGACGAGCUUCCCGCAGAGUUCAAACUGUUCCUCCCUAUUCAGAAUAAGACUAGAACAGCCGCCACAGCACAAUGAGUAAGACCUGUGACGGUCACAACGGUGAUUUUGACUGAACGGAGCACUUUUAAAUUUUGGCCGUACCGAGGAUAUGUUUCGUGUAUUUAUAAUAAGGAAGAUAUUGUUUUUAUUUAUAGCUUUGUAUGGAAAUGUUCGGUUAAUAAACUAAAUUUUGGAUAUCGAACAGACGUUUUUAUGUUUAGUUUCUUCGUAAUAAGAUUUGAAUUAAAAUUUUUAGGUAAAUAGGUCAAUAAAUAAUG